GUCUACAGAGACAGGAGGGAAAGGAGAAGUGGAAGAAAUUGAAGGCAAAUGAAGCAGGUGAGAUGUUUCCCCAGUGGUCUUGUCUAUCAUGUGAAAAGAUAGAUCUGCUGAUGAAGCUUUCUGUGGAUCAGGUGCAGCUGCAAUUUGUGGAUUUACUUGAUUUGAAGAACUACCAAGUUUGUGUAAAGGAGGCGUUCCUGUUGGAUUAUUUUGUUGCAGGAUUUUGGUGGGCGAAGGAGAUGGCUUUAACAUGCCAGCAAAUUUCAUUUAUUAUGGCCCUCUUACAGCUGCUGCUUGACAACAUCAAAGACAAGCAAAUGCAAUUUGCAGAGAAUUUUAAGAAGUUCACCAGAAUGCUGCUCGCAACUAGACAGCCGUCACCGUCGCCAAGCGCCACUGUUAAUCCUCUGUUUGAUGUGGAUCAAAUCAAAUCCAUUACGGAUUACUUCAGGAGCAGUCUUUUCCAGCAUUACACACUCUACGAAUUCCUCUUCAGUCAGUCGAGAGACGACAUGCUGUUUGGAAUGGAGAGAAACAUCGAAGUAGUCGAUUCAGCUGACUUCAUCGCUCCGCUGGGGGAGGGAACGUUAACCGACGACCUCCGUCACACAGCUCCUUCACCUGACGCGCCGCCUAAUCAGGAUUCUGACACACUCCUGGAAAAAAACGUGGAUGAGUCUGCUGAAUGCGAACAGGGAGAGACACUGGAAAGCCUGGAGGGCUUCAGUGUGGAAGAUGUGCAAGAAGUGCUCGGGGAAAUGACCAGAGAAAUGCUGGUAAAACUGCAGGAAGAUUUCACAGAGAAGCUGCACAUCCAGGAAAAGACCUACAUGGCCAAGUUAGAGAGUCUCAAGAGACUGAUGUCCAAAUAACCCUGCGAAAAAAAGCCACAAUCAUCCAGCUCUUUUUGUUUAUAUGCAAAAUAUUAUUACAUGACACCAUUAGUUAUAUAUUAAAAACAUAAAAAAAUUAAUAUCUUUAAUAAUAAACAAUGACAGUAUGCUGUUGGAGGUAAAUCAUUUCCAAAAAGA